CGGAAGCUCGCCUAAGGCGUGCUUUACAUUUCCGGGCGAAAGCUGGAUUUUUUUGGUACCAUGUGGGAGCACUUGUGAAGAUUCGCUUGGCUUCUAAAUCCUACCCGAAGUUGAGCUCCAGCCUGCGUUUUUUAGAAGUCCUCUGGCGUGAAAGAUGACGUCCUUAGCCCAGCAGCUCCAGAGACUAGCUCUCCCUCAAAGUGAUCCCAGUCUCUUAUCCAGAGAUGAAGUUGCCUCUUUGUUGUUUGACCCCAAGGAAGCGGCCACCAUCGACAGGGACACGGCCUUUGCCAUUGGAUGCACUGGCCUGGAAGAGCUGCUUGGAAUUGAUCCUUCCUUUGAACAGUUUGAAGCACCGUUGUUCAGCCAGCUAGCAAAAACCUUGGAGCGCAGCGUUCAGACCAAAACAGUGAACAAACAGCUGGAUGAAAACAUUUCAUUAUUUCUUAUUCACUUGUCCCCUUACUUCCUGCUGAAGCCAGCACAGAAGUGUCUGGAGUGGUUGAUUCACAGGUUCCAUAUCCAUCUUUAUAAUCAAGAUAGCCUCAUCGCUUGCGUUCUGCCAUACCACGAGACAAGAAUAUUUGUGCGAGUUAUACAGCUUCUAAAAAUUAAUAAUUCAAAGCACAAAUGGUUCUGGUUGUUGCCAGUUAAGCAAUCUGGAGUGCCCUUAGCUAAAGGAACUUUGGUUACCCACUGCUACAAAGAUCUUGGAUUCAUGGAUUUCAUCUGUAGCCUGGUGACAAAAUCUGUGAAGGUUUUUGCUGAGCAUCCUGGGAGUUCAGCUCAGUUGAGGGUGCUCUUAACUUUCUACGCUUCCACCAUCGUGUCUGCCCUGGUGGCUGCUGAGAACAUAUCCGACAACAUAGUCGCCAAGCUGUUUCCAUACAUUCAAAAGGGAUUGAAAUCAUCUCUACCAGAUUACAGAGCUGCAACGUACAUGAUAAUAUGUCAGAUUUCUGUGAAAGUGACCAUGGAAGAUACCUUCGUUAAUUCACUGGCUUCGCAGAUCAUCAAAACGUUGACCAGAAUUCCCUCUUUGAUUAAGGAUGGAUUGGGCUGCUUGAUAGUGCUCCUGCAGCGACAGAAGCCAGAGAGCUUGGGGAAAAAGCCAUUUCCUCACUUGUGUAAGGUUCCUGAUCUUAUUACACUGCUUCAGGGGAUUUCUGAAAUCUACGACAUCAGUCCUCUUCUACGUUACAUGCUUCCCCAUCUGGUUGUCUCCAUCAUUAGUCAUGUUACAGGAGAAGAAACUGAAGAGAUAGAUGGUCAAAUCUACCGGCAACUCUUGGAAGCCAUACUUACAAAUAUAUCCCUCAAGAACAACUUAGACCAUUUGUUGGCGGGCCUUCUUUUUGAAGAGUAUAUUUCAUAUAGUUCGCAGGAAGAGAUCGAUUCUAAUAAAAUAUCUUUGCUUAAUGAACAGUUUCUUCCAUUUAUCAGGCUUUUAGAAAGCAGAUACCCCAAAACAUUAGAUGCUGUGUUAGAGGAACACCUAAAGGAAAUUACAGACCUAAAAAAACAGGAGCUUUUCCACCAAUUUAUCUCUCUUUCUACAAGUGGGGGAAAGUAUCAGUUUUUAGCAGAUUCUGAUACUUCCUUGAUGCUCAGUCUGAAUCAUCCACUUGCUCCUGUAAGACUUCUGGCUGUUAAUCAUCUAAGAAAUAUCAUGGAAACAUCAAAGGAGAAUAUUGAUGAGUCUUUCAUAAAAGAAGCUAUUUUAACCCGAUUAGGUGAUGAUAGUUUAGAUGUUGUUUUGUCAGCUCUACAUGCUUUUGAGAUUUUCAAACAGCACUUUAGUUCAGAAGUGACAGUUUCAAAUCUUCUGAAUCUCUUUCGAAGAGCAGAACUUUCAAAUAAUAGGGAAUGGUUCAAGGUACUUGAGGUAGCAACAGACGUAUUAAUUAAAGAAGAGAUAUUGAGUGAAAAUGACCAGUUGUCAAGUCAGGUGGUGGUGCAUCUGCUGCCAUUUAUGGUCAUUGACAAUGAUGAUAUGGAAUCCGCUGAGAUGAAAAUGGCUGUAUAUUUAUCAAAAUCAGGAAUUUGCUCUCUACACCCUAUAUUAAGAGGCUGGAAAGAAGCUCUUGAAAAUGUGAUUAAAAGCACCAAGCCAGGAGAACUCAUUGGUGUAGCAAAUCAGAAGAUGAUUGAGCUGCUGGCUGGCAAUAUAAAUUCAGGGGGUCCCUCCUCAAUGUUAAAGAUGGUGGAUGAUUUGAUAAGCGUUGCAGAAAAGGAGUCCUUUAGCCUGAAGCAGAAACUGACUUUUCACAUAAUCGUGGCUGUGCUUGUCUCUUGCUGUUCAUCUUUAAAAGAGACUCACUUUCCGUUUGCGACAAGAGUCUUCAGUUUGUUGCAGAAAAAAAUAAAGAAGCUUGAAAGUGUCAUUACUACACUGGAUAUCCCCUCGGAAUGGCAUUUUGAGCUGAUGAUGGACAGAGGGACACCAUUGGAGCUGUGGACACAUUACAUAGAACAGCUAAAAACUGUCCAGAGGCUUGCCGUGGAGGACUCAGUUUUACUCGUGUUUGCACUGAAAAACUUUAUUCACGCACUUAAGGCUCCUAAAUCUUUUCCUAAAGGUGACAGGUGGUGGAAUCCUGAGCAGCUGCAGCAAGACAGCCGAGACUACCUGCGCUUGCUCCUUGGGCUCUUUGAGCUGAUCCUCAGCGGUGCUGAAGCUGUACAUUUUCGGGUUCUGAUGAAGCUUUUUAUAAAGGUACAUCUAGAAGAUGUUUUCCAUUUAUUCAAGUUCUUUUCUGUUUUGUGGACCUAUGGGUCCAGCCUUUCAAAUCCACUUAACUUCAGUGUGACAACAGUGCUGCAGACCCAAGCUCUUUAUGUGGGCUGUGCAAUGCUCUCUUCGCAGAAGGCUCAGUGUAAACACCAGCUGGCAUCCACAUCUUCUCCAGUGGUGACUUCUCUGCUCAUUAAUCUGGGAAGCCCCAUAAAAGAAGUACGGCGGGCUGCCAUUCACUGUCUCCAGGCCCUCAGCGGAGUGGCUUCCCAGUUCCAUCUGGUGAUAGAUCACUUGGUUCCUAAAGCAGAGGAGAUCACUUCAGAUGCCACCUAUGUGGUGCAGGAUUUAGCUACUUUAUUUGAGGAACUGCAGAGAGAAAAGAAACUGAAAUCUCAUCAGAAGUUGUCUGAAACUUUGAAAAACCUACUUUAUUGUGUAUAUAGUUGCCCAUCUUAUAUUGCAAAAGAUUUGAUGAAAGUACUUCGGGACGUCAGCAGUGAGAUGGUGCUUUCUCAGCUGCUGCCUAUGAUGGAACAACUAUUAGAAAAGAUCCAGAAGGAGCCCAUAGCUGUCCUGAAAGAUGAGGUCAUUGCUCUGCAUCUCACUCUGGGAAAAUAUAAUGAACAUUCAGCUUCCCUUUUACACAAGGAUCCAAAGAGUCUAGAUGUGUUUAUAAAAGCCGUGCACACAACGAAGGAACUUUACACAGGAAUGCCAACCACUCAGAUUACAGCUCUCGAAAAGAUUACGAAGCCAUUCUUUGCAGCUAUAUCAGAUGAAAAGGUUCAGCAGAAGCUUUUGUGCAUGUUGUUUGAUUUACUGGUGAACUGUAAAAAUUCAUGCUGUGCUCAGACUGUCAGCAGUGUUUUUAAAGGGAUUUCUGUUAACGCUGAGCAAAUCAGAAUAGAACUGGAGCCACCAGAUAAAACCAAGUCCUUAGGCACGAUUCAGCAAACACGAAGGCAGAAAAUGCAGCAGAAAAAAUCACAAGAUCUAGAAUCUGUUCAGGAAGUUGGAGUUUCUUACUGGCAAAGAGUAACCCUUAUCCUAGAAUUACUGCAGCACAAAAAGAAACUCAAAAGUCCUCAGAUAUUGAUACCAACUCUUUUUAACCUGCUGUCAAGGUGUUUAGAGCCUUUGCCACCGGAGCAGGGAAGUAUGGAAUACACCAAACAGUUAAUUCUUAGUUGUUUGCUUAACAUCUGCCAGAAGCUCUCUCCAGAUGGCAGCAAGAUACCAAAAGAUAUUCUUGAUGAGGAGAAGUUUAACGUGGAGCUGAUAGUCCAGUGCAUCCGAGUUUCCGAGAUGCCUCAGACCCAUCACCAUGCCCUUUUACUUUUGGGUACUGUUGCUGGAAUAUUUCCUGAUAAAGUUCUACACAAUAUCAUGUCUAUUUUUACAUUUAUGGGAGCCAAUGUGAUGCGUCUAGAUGACACCUACAGUUUUCAGGUUAUUAGCAAGACAGUGAAAAUGGUUAUUCCAGCACUUAUUCAGUCGGACAGAGGUGACUCUGUAGAAGUCACGAGAAACGUGGAGGACGUCGUGGUCAAAAUCAUUCACGUGUUUGUGGAUGCGCUGCCGCAUGUUCCCGAGCACAGGCGCCUGCCCAUCCUUGCUCAGCUCGUGGACACACUGGGUGCAGAACGCUUCCUCUGGGUUCUCCUCGUCCUGCUCUUUGAACAGUACGUCACUAAGACAGUGCUGGCAGCUGCCUAUGGAGAAAAGGAUGCCAUUUUAGAGGCAGACACUGAAUUUUGGAUUUCAGUCUGUUGUGAAUUCAGUGUCCAGCAUCAGAUACAAAGCUUGAUGAAUAUCCUCGAGUACUUACUAAAGCUGCCGGAGGAGAAAGAAGAAACCACUGCCAAAACAGUAUCUAAUAAGAGUGAAUCACAAGAAGAAGUGCUUCAGGUCUUUAACAUAGAGGCUCACACUAGCAAGCAGCUGCGGCAUUUUAAAUAUUUGUCAGUGUCCUUCAUGUCUCAGCUCCUGGCUUCCAAUAAUUUUAUCAGAAAGGUUGUUGAAAGUGGCGGUCCUCAGGUUUUGACAGGCCUUGAACAGAGGUUGCUGGAAACAGUUCUUGGCUACAUCCAUGCCGUAGCCCGGUCCAUGGAGAAAAAUGCUGACAAGCUAACUGGGAAGUUCUGGCGUGCACUCCUCAGUAAAGCUUAUGACUUGCUGGAUAAGGUCAAUGCCCUGCUGCCCACAGAAACAUUCAUCCCCGUGAUUAGAGGGCUGCUGGAGAACCCACUGCCAUCCGUGCGCCGCAAAGCUUUAGAUCUUUUGAACAACAAGCUGCAGCAGAAAACUUCCUGGAAGAAGAAAAUCGUUUACCACUUCCUCGAACUGGUCCCAGUCCUUGUGGCCAUGGUGAAGCAUAAAAGAAAGACGUUAGAAGAGCACGCCAUAAACAGACAGACAGCUUUGUACACCUUAAAACUGCUAUGCAAGAAUUUUGGUGCAGAAAAUCCAGAGCCUUUUAUCCCGGUGCUGACCACCGCAGUGAGGUUGAUUGUUGCAGGAACAAAGGAGGAGAAGAAUGUCUUGGGAAGCGCCCUACUGUGCGUGGCUGAGGUGGUCUCCACCCUGCAAGCACUGGCCAUCCCCCAGCUGCCCAGCCUGAUGCCAUCAUUGCUGACGACCAUGAAAAGCACCCGCGAGCUGGUCUCUGGUGAGGUCUACCUGCUCAGUGCCCUGGCGGCCCUGCAGAAGGUUGUUGAGACCCUGCCGCACUUCAUCAGCCCCUACCUGGAAGGAGUCCUGUCACAGGUGAUUCAGCUGGAGAAAAUCACUAGUGAGAUAGGUCCUGCCUCCCAGGCUAAUGUUCGUCUCACGUCUCUUAAAAAGACGCUAGCAACCACCCUCUCACCCCGAGUCUUACUGCCAGCCAUCACCAAGACGUAUAAGCAGAUUGAGAAGAACUGGAAGAAUCACAUGGGCCCGUUUAUGAGCGUCCUUCGAGAGCACGUUGGGGUGAUGAAGAAGGAGGAGCUCGCCUCCCACCAGCCCCAGCUCACCGCCUUCUUCCUGGAGGCCCUGGACUUCCGUACCCAGCACGCGGAGAGUGAUCUGGAGGAAGUUGGAAGAACGGAAGAUUAUAUCAUCGACUGUCUCGUGGCCAUGGUUGUAAAACUUUCUGAGGUCACAUUCAGACCCCUGUUCUUCAAGCUGUUUGAUUGGGCCACAACAGAGGAUGCCCCGAAGGACAGGCUGUUGACAUUUUACCACUUGGCAGAUUGCAUUGCUGAAAAGCUGAAAGGGCUUUUUACUCUGUUCGCUGGCCACUUGGUGAAGCCUUUUGCUGACACCUUGAACCAGGUGAACAUCUCUAAAACAGAUGAAGCGUUUUUUGAUUCUGAAAAUGACCCUGAAAAGUGCUGCUUACUGCUGCAGUUUAUUCUGAACUGUUUAUAUAAAAUCUUCCUUUUUGACACCCAGCAUUUUCUGAGUAAAGAGAGAGCAGAAGCCUUGAUGAUGCCCCUGGUGGAUCAGCUGGAAAACAGGCUUGGAGGAGAAGAGAAGUUCCAGGAACGGGUGACCCAGCACCUGAUCCCGUGCCUUGCACAGUUCUCAGUGGCAGUGGCUGAUGACUCGCUUUGGAAACCGCUCAACUACCAGAUUCUGCUGAAGACGAGAGACUCCUCACCCAAGGUUCGAUUUGCUGCUCUGAUUACAGUGUUAGCACUGGCUGAAAAACUGAGAGAGAAUUACAUCGUCUUGUUACCAGAAUCCAUUCCUUUCUUAGCUGAAUUGAUGGAAGAUGAGUGUGAAGAGGUGGAGCAUCAGUGCCAGAAGACUAUCCAGCAGCUGGAGGCUGUGCUGGGGGAGCCGCUCCAGGGCUACUUCUAAAACCUCACACUCUGUUGAGAGUUCAGGUUUAUUUUUCCUUUUAUUGCUGGGUGUUUUUAGGACCAUGUUACUUUUGGUGCCUUAACACCUACUUGGACUUCUUCACAAAAUCCCCACCUGGUUUAUGCAGCCAUGUGAGCCUCUCCUGCCGGUUGUAUAGAAUUACAAAAAGAGUAAACAAUACAUGGUAUUUUUAUACAGA